AUGACUACGAAACAUAAUAUAUCUGGAAGAAUACGGGACGAACCAGGGGGACAAAGGGAAAAAAAUGGAAAUGUAACCGGUCGAACAAUAACAUAUCCAACAACAGGGAACAAAAGAAAUAUUGAUACAAUGACGAAAAAUAACAUAUCAAAAUCGCAAAUGAAGGAAUUUCGAGAAGCUUUUCGACUUUUUGACAAAGAUGGUGAUGGUAGUAUAACUCAAGAAGAACUUGGAAGAGUUAUGAGAUCUUUAGGACAAUUUGCCAGAGAAGAAGAACUACAAGAAAUGCUUAAGGAAGUUGAUAUAGAUGGAGAUGGAAAUUUUAGCUUUGAAGAAUUUGUUGAAAUCGUAUCAAAUAUGGGAGGUGCAGCAACUGAAAAAACAGCUGAUGAAGAAGAGAAAGAACUUAGAGAUGCUUUUAGAGUAUUUGAUAAACAUAAUCGAGGUUUUAUAAGUGCUUCUGAUCUUCGAGCUGUUUUGCAAUGUCUGGGUGAAGAAUUAUCAGAAGAAGAAAAAAUGAUAAGAGAAGUUGAUGUGGAUGGAGAUGGUAGAAUUGAUUUUUUCGAAUUUGUUCGAGCUUUGGGUACACACUACAGGCAAAAUUUCUUUUUCAGGUUUCUAUCCAUUUAUAUUAUUAGCACAGUUUGA